GUCAUAUCCGUGUAUACAAAAAUCGAUGUAAAUUUUAUUUGUAUUAUUUGUUAUAGAACUAGUUACAAAUGCAAUAACAUUAUAUCUUCAUGACUAUUAGACAUACCUUGUAAAUUAUUGACCAUGGUCUCGACUUACUACUUGGUGAAGCUCUUCCAAAAAGCCACUUACGAAAGACUAAAGCGCAACCUUGAUGGUGUCGGAGAGAGCUCAACUUCGGGUACUUCUACCACUAAUAAUUCAGCAGGACACUCAAGGAAUAUCCUCGCCACUAAAACUUGCCGUGUGUGCUUGAAAGAAGUAGGUACUCGACCUAUUUUCGGUGACGAAUCGCAUUCAGACAUAUCUGUAGCUAUCCGUGUUUUUGGUGACAUCGAUGUUAAAGAAGAGGACGAUUAUCCUAAAUAUUUAUGCGACGCAUGCCACACUUUAUUGGAAGCCGCUAUCUUAUUUAGAAAAUCAGCAAAGCAGUCCCAUCAACUACUGAGAAAACGUCAUGUCAAACAAGAAUUUCAUCAUGAUACGCAAGACGGGGACCCUCAGGAAACCAAAGAAGAGAAACCUAGACAUAUCCGCCCUUCAAUACUUACAAAUUUCUUUUCUCUUAUAGAUAGUCCUGAUAAUUCAAACGAUCCUAGUAAACGAAAGAAAACAAAAGUACAAUGCCGAAUAUGCAGUAAAAUAAUAACAAAGGCUUACUAUAAGGAACAUUUUGCGCUCCACGACGCUACUAUAGUCAAAUACAUGUGUGAUGUCUGCGGUAAAUCGUUUCGUCAGCGCUGUGCAUACAAGAAUCACUAUUUCACUCAUAGCACAGAUUUCCCGUACAAAUGUACAAUGUGUCCGUAUAGAGGACGGAACUCAGGCCUACUAAACACACACAUGCGUACACACACUGGAGAUUACAGAUACAUGUGUUCAGAAUGCCCCGCUAGAUUUCUGACAAAAAGCAACUUGAAUAAGCAUAUGUUCAAACAUAAGGAACCGAUGUUCAAAUGUGACACUUGUCAUCGAGCUUUCCAUUCUAAACUAAUACUUGAAAGGCAUUAUGAGGCUGAACACCUAGGAAUAAAGAAUCACAUAUGUAAUUUGUGCGGGAAGGCAUUCGGUUAUCGGAAAGCAAUGAUGCGUCAUCAACUGGAUGUGCAUAAAAGGGAGAAAAAGGUAAAUGGGAGGACUCCAUCAUAUUUGGAAGCGGAGUUUAAGAAGCAGCAAGAUGAAAUCAUGUAAAUAUGUAGCUUGUUUGAGCAAUAGCUGAAUGUGGUUGGUAUUAGAAAAACCAUGGAUAUCUAUUAUUUAUUUAUUUAUUUAGAAAUUUAAAUGUGGCAACAAGGCCUAUAUUACAAAUACCUUACAGACUAACAUACAUAUGUAUUUUAUAAACUUAAAACUAAACACUAAUUAGGCGACAAAACAGUGUGGCAUUUUUCUGCUGUAUACAGCAAUUAUAGCACAAUUUUAUGCCAUCAGACAUAAAAAGUUAAGACACAAAGUUUUGUAUUAACAGAGCUUCAUAAACAUUAGUAUUGGUAAUAUUGGUAUGGCACCACCAACCAAGCAUAUCAAAGACAGGUGACAGAAAAAAAUGUAAACCUGUUCUGUUGUUUAUCCUACGAUCUCUGUAGUUUUCAGAUCACAAUUUUUAUACCUACUUGUAUAGUUCAUUUUAAAUUAACAGUGUAUUGAACUGUAUGUUAUAAAAAAAAUUAAAGGG